AAGCCGACUCGCCAAAUCACAGACGGGGCGGGAAAACGGCGAUUUUUUUUAUUUUUUCCCGGGGGGGGCAAAAUACACCUCCCUCCAAGAAUCCCGUCCUCUGCCUGAAAACCCUAGCGGCCCCCCUCCCCCAAACCCUAGCUCCUUCGCUCUCUCUUUUCGAUUCCAAUGGCGCUGGCCAUGGAGGCGUUCGUCCACGAGGAGGAGGAGGUCGACCACCCGGUGCGGUAUCUCCCCCUUGGCCAUGUCUACUCCGCCGCCCCCUGCAUCAACCCUAGCGGCUCCUCCAACGUAAUGUCCAAGAAGGUCAAGGCCCGGAAGCUCGUGGACGAACGGGAGGAGGAAGGAGGAGGAGGAGGCGAAGAGGAGGACCGCAAGAAGCCCCUCGAUCUUGAUAGGGGCGACUUCCAGAGGAGCAAUGCCGGAAAACCCAUCCUUGUGUACCACAGGAGGGUCAAGAAGCCUCGUCCGGCUGUGGACGGGCCGUCGUCCUUCGAUUUUUUGGCCCAGCGACUCGAGUCGCGGCCGGAAUUUGCCGGGGAUCGGGAGGGGAAGGGGAUGGAACGUGGAAGCGGUGAUCGGCUGGAUCUUGAGGCCGAUUUGGUUGGGGAAGGGAAGAAUGUCAGGAAGAGGAACAUGAUGAAGUACGAGCUGCUUAGGCUGGGAGAUGGGUCUGGUUCGCUGAGUGGAGUUUCAGGGCCUAGGUUAAGAGGAACCGGAGGGUUUAAUAAGACCAACAUUGCCAAGACCAAGAAGAGAGUUCGUGAGGCUCCAAAGGAUAUUUCUGGUCUGGGCAAGGGGAAGAGAUGGCUUGAGUUGGAUUUUGAAGGUGUGGAUCCACAGACAUUUGUUGGAUUGACAUGCAAGGUUUUCUGGCCGAUGGAUGAUGACUGGUAUCGGGGUUCUGUGACUGGGUACAAUUCAACGACCAAGCAGCAUUGUGUUGAAUAUGAUGAUGAUGAUGUUGAAUAUCUGAUUCUAUCGAAUGAGAAGAUAAAGUUUCAUAUUUCUUGCGAGGAAAUGCAAAAAAUGAAUUUGAAGUGUGGUUUUCCUGACAUGGAGAAGAAAGCACUCAAUUACAAUGAAUUGCUGGGACUGGCUCUUAGUUUCCAUGACUGCCAAGAUCUUGAACCAGGGGAUCUUGUAUGGGCAAAACUUACGGGGCAUGCUAUGUGGCCUGCAGUUGUUGUGAAUGAAUCAAAUGUUGGUGCAAGUCAAGGAUUGAAGCCAGUUAGGGUGGACAAAUCUGUUCUUGUACAGUUUUUUGGAACACAUGAUUUUGCAAGGAUCAACUUGAAAAAUGCUAUCCCAUUUCUUAAUGGGCUGCUCUCUUCUUUGCAUCUGAAGUGCAAGCAAGCGCGUUUCUAUCGAAGCCUAGAUGAAGCAAAAAUGUAUCUGAGCAAGCAGCAGCUUCCAAAGAGCAUGCUGCUGCUGCGAAAAAAUAUUGGGGCUGAUGAAGAUACUGGUGCUCCUGAAGAGAACGAAGAAGAAACUGACUCAUGUGAAGAUCUGUCAGGAGAUGAAACGACAUAUGCAGAUGAACACAUCAACACUUCUCCAAUUGAAAUAGGGAAUCUUCGUGUAACUAGAUUAGGAAAAAUUAUAUAUAAUUCAGAGUAUUUCCAUAACAAGCAUCAUAUCUGGCCAGCAGGAUAUACUGCCUUUAGGAGGUUUAUGUCAAUAAAAGAUCCAAGUAUAGUAACAUCAUAUAGGAUGGAAGUUCUGAGGAAUCCCAAGUUGAAAUCCCGACCUUUAUUUAGAGUAACAGCAGAUGAUGGAGAACAGAUUGAUGGACCUACUCCUACUGCUUGUUGGAAGGAAAUUUAUAGCAGAAUAAGGAAUAAGCUGGGUGAUGGUUUUAAUGCUGAAGUGGAGGGAAGUGAAUUUCAAAAGUCUGGUUCUUACAUGUUUGGUUUCUCAAAUCCGCAAAUAUCCCAACUCAUUCAGGAAUUGCCAAAUUCUAGAUUGUGCUCGAAGUACUUUGAAAGCAGUGGGGAUGUACCUGCCGGUUAUAGAGCUGUUCGUGUUAACUGGAAAGAUCUUGACAGGUGCAGUGUUUGUGACAUGGAUGAGGAGUACGAGGACAAUCUGUUCCUUCAGUGUGAUAAAUGCCGUAUGAUGGUUCAUGCAAGAUGCUAUGGUGAGCUGGAACCUUUAGAUGGCGUGCUUUGGCUCUGCAAUUUAUGUCGGCCUGGUGCACCCAGAUUUCCUCCAAGAUGCUGCCUCUGUCCUGUUAUUGGUGGUGCAAUUAAACCUACAACUGAUGGACGCUGGGCUCACCUGACUUGUGCAAUGUGGAUUCCUGAAACUUGCCUGUUGGAUGUGAAGAGAAUGGAGCCUAUUGAUGGGAUAAGUAGAAUUAAUAAGGAUCGGUGGAAGCUAUUAUGCAGCAUUUGUGGCGUUUCUUAUGGGGCUUGCAUUCAGUGCUCUCACAAUACGUGCUGUGUGGCAUAUCAUCCACUUUGUGCACGUGCUGCUGGUCUUUGUGUUGAGCUGGAAGAUGAGGACAAAAUACAUCUCAUGUCACUUGAGGAUGAUGAUCAGUGUAUUCGCCUACUUUCCUUCUGUAAGAAGCAUAGGCAGCCAUCUAAUGAGCGUCCGCCUGCUGAUGAUAACCUUGCACUCCCUGCUCAAUUUGAUUCCAGCUAUGUCCCUGCAUCUAACCCAUCUGGUUGUGCAAGAAGCGAGCCUUACAAUUUCUCCUGGAGAAGGGGACAGAAACAACCCCAGGUUCUGGCUGCUGCAUCUGUAAAACGAUUGUUUAUAGAGAACAGGCCUUAUCUGGUCAGUGGUUAUCGUCAAAAUGGACUUGGCUGUGGUUCUACUAACAAUGAAUCUUUGCAAACAACCUGUUUGGUUGAUGCUCCAAAACUGGGAACCUCUCAUCAUGAGGGAAACAUAUCCUCCAUGGCAGAGAAGUACAAAAAUAUGAAGGAGACAUUCAGAAAGAGACUAGCUUUUGGAAAAUCGAGAAUUCAUGGAUUUGGUGUUUUUGCAAAGCUUGCACACAAGGCUGGGGACAUGGUAAUUGAAUAUAUAGGUGAACUGGUUCGGCCACCAAUUGCAGACAUAAGAGAACACCGGAUAUAUAAUUCAUUAGUGGGUGCUGGAACCUAUAUGUUCCGAAUAGAUGAUGAGCGUGUCAUUGAUGCUACUAGGGCAGGAAGCAUAGCUCAUUUAAUCAACCACUCUUGUGAACCAAAUUGUUACUCCAGAGUGAUUAGUGUUAAUGGUGACGAACAUAUCAUUAUAUUUGCAAAACGAGACAUCAAUCAAUGGGAAGAAUUGACAUACGAUUAUAGAUUUUUCUCAAUGGACAAACAACUUGCUUGCUACUGUGGCUUUCCAAGAUGUCGUGGAGUUGUUAAUGAUAUUGAAGCAGAAGAGCAAGCAGCCAAAAUUCGAGUACCUCGAUGCGAUUUAGUUCAGUGGAAAGGCGAAUGAGGUGGCUGGAGGUGUGGAUGGUUGAGGUUAUGCAUCAAAUUUUUUUGUGAAAAAGAAUAGUAUCUAAGCUUUGUUUCCUCUUUCCUUUUGGGAGUCCAUAUUAUAUCAAUAAUAGAUGACUUGCACUUGUGGGAAUACGCCUUGGUCUUGAAUUUGAAGGCCACAAAUAUCAAACAGCUAAAAAUUUUAAUUGAUGUUCCAGUUGGUGCGGUGAAUCAAGUUUUGAUUGAUCUUCAAUUUUGAUAUGAGGAAUUUAGAAAAUUGUUACCAUUUUUGUUUCAAUCAGCUAAUACAACAAGGGCAAGCUAUUGUAUUGAUGGCUAGUACAUCUACAAAGCCAUACAUCCAAUGUUGAAAAUGGCAGUGUCUGGCAACAUCCUCCAGAAUAUCUUGUACGAAAUGCCAUCUCAAUCUUGUACUUAUUUAUUUAAAGUACAUUUAAUUUGAAGUACAUGUGAUUGUUUCAUGAAACAGCGAUCAAAGUUUCUUUCCUAAGAUGAAAGUGACGAGAGGCUUAUGUAAAAUGUACAGUUCAUACCGGAUAUAUGAGGAUCAAUGUAUUUAUUUGCUGCACUACCUGAAAGCCUUGCAGGCUUUUGUAGAAAAAAAUUGAAAGCAAUUUAUCAAUGUAAAUCGUAUUCUGUAUC